CCCGAGUCCAGAGGUAUAAUCCAUGAUGUCGCAACAAUGCUAGAUAGAUGUGGGGAGGAGGAUCCAUAAAUCACUAGUUGGAUAGACAUUCUGAAAAAAUUUUGUUGAGAUGAACUCAUUUGCUCAGGGUCGAUGAGAAUAUGUACAGUAUUUCACUUGACCGUCUCCUACGAAGUAGCUCCGACAUGCCUGUGAAGCCACAGCAGCAUCCGAUCAGUGAUGGGCUUAACUUGUCACUAAACCAAAGUUACCAUACUUGGAGCUCGACAGGGUCCGGUUCCAUCACAGCUCUAGUUCUCGGCCUGUCACUUCCUUGCCACUCCAGUACUACUAAGAGCGACAUCCAUCCCGUACCGCAGGGAUUUGAUUUCUGUCACACAGCAUCAUCAUCAUCAUCAUCAUCAUCAUCAUCAUCACUGAGUUCUCACUUUUCGGAGGUGAUCCACUACGUGAAUAGCGGCGCCUAAUCCAGACUUGGGAACCUAUGGGAACUUGGGGAUAGGGGAUUUAGUGCGCGGUAUGGCGGCACAUCAAGAAUAGGGCUACCUGCAUCUAGCAUGUGGGAGUUGCUUGGUGAACCCCGGAUAGUAUACUUUAACCACGUCUCGGUUCGCAUGCUGCAUGGAUA